AUGGAUAUUGACGGUGACGUGAAUGGCUCAUUAUCGCAAGCUCUUUCAUGCAUGGCAACUAACGAUCGUGAAGUGCUGGUAAAACAGUUCCAACAAGUUCUUGGCGACAGUCAGACUCUUUCAGCAGAAGCAUGCGCAUUUUUUCUUGAUAUGAAUAGCUGGAAUUUGCAAGCUGCUCUAGGAGCUUAUUAUGAUUACGGCAGUGCAAACGGUACAGGUUCACCACCUCCUGAGUAUGUAACACAGCUACCUGCAAUGCAGUUCGUGCAAGACGUCACAAUAGGCGAGGGUGAAAGUGUUCCACCUUCUACGCGUUUUACAAAAACUUGGCGAGUGCGCAAUUCUGGAAAUGAAUGGUGGCCUAGUGGUUGCUUUUUGUGCUAUAUGGAAGGUGACAAAUUGUCGGAUACCACUAGAUCUUGGAUUCAACCUUUAGCUCCAGGAAAGGAAAUCAAUGUCAGCAUUGAAAUGGUUAGCCCUACGGAGAGAGGAAUUUAUCAGAGCAGGUGGCAACUGAAUACUAAUUCCGGAAUUCCAUUUGGCGAAUCCAUUUGGUGCAUCAUAACGGUCGAUGAUACGGGGAUUUUGGGCAUCACACAGCAGCUGGCUUCUGCUCCAUUGGGCUCAUCUGCUCCCACAGGAAGUGAGAAUAUGAAUCCCUUUGGUGGAGCUCUUCCGUUUAACUAUGCCCUACAGAAUUCCGCGGAACAGCCGGAACAUGUUGAAAGUAUCAUGGACGAAAGCUGUGAUAUGACUCAUGAACAGGAUGAAAAUUCGUCGCUAUACAACGCCGUUGUUAGUCGACUUCCACGGGUUUGGUCAGUUAACAGUUGUCAAUUUCCGAAUACUAUUAGUGAGCCUAUUAAUAUAUCUCAUAUCGAGGAAACUCCAGAUGUGCCUCCUUGUACACCAUGUACACCUCCACAGUGA